GAUCCAUUCAAUCACCAUUCAAAUGAUUGAUUUGUAUCAUAGAUAUAAAGUCAUAUACAAUGCAAAUCUAUGUAUUAAAAUCUAUAUUAAGAAUGUGGCCAAAUUAUCUAAACAUAUUUAAAAUAUAACCUAUAUAAAUUUAAGAUAGUGAUUUAGAACUAUUGUAUCCUUAACGAUUGCAAUUAAUUGGCUUUUGCUUUGUUUUGUUUAUUUUUCAUAAAGAAAGCUGUGACAAAUAGUUUUUAGUUUAAUAUUGAUGAAAUGAAGAAUAACUUCAUUACAAUAUGCAUAAAACCAUAAAUUAAUUUUUAUGUAAAGUUAAUCGUGUAUUACACAGAUGGCAUAUUUCACUGCAAACUUAAAAUCUAUUGAAGAUAUUACUUCACUUUUUCUGCCCUAUUGUGGUUUUCCCAAUUGAAAUAAAAAUACAAUUUUUAUAGAAUGACAAACGAGUGUCAAUGACGUCAUGCAGACUAGUGUGGUUCUGGGUACAAUGUUUAGGAAUUGCACUAUGUCAUUCACCUAUAAAAAUCUCUUCCCGGAAGGGGAUGUAAUCACAGGAAGUAGAAGUUAGUCUGGCAUCACGAACUCUUCUCAAAUACCGAUUUAGGUAAUGCGAAAAAUUUUGUCAUUGGUCUAAACGAUAGUCACGUGCCAGGGCCAAUUGAUGUCCACUGCCAGAAAUUAAUGAAGAUCUCACUUUUGGGUUAAAACUUUCAACAAGUGGAUGAGGAGUACGGGAACGGAAUGCUACCUUCUUUCUAGCCGGUGGUGUGUCACAAAAUGAUAAUCUGCAGAACCAUGGUACCUCUGGUAUCUUUUCUUGCUGCUCUUCGAAUUCUGACAGAAGCUCAGAGUUGCAACAAUGGAGUUGGCAAACUUGUAUAUGAAAAAAUUUCAGAUUAUAAACUUAGUGAAACUGGGGGUUUUGGAGGGAAUCACCGCAGAACCGAAGUUGUAAGUAUAAAUAAUAAUAUAAAUUUAAAUUAUUUUAGAGUAAUAAAUAAUUUUUACCAGAUCUCGAGGAUGGAUCAACCAGGAAAAGUUUUAGAAGAAUGUGUUCGAAGAUGUCAAGAAGACAGAACAACUUCCAUCCAAAGAUGUCUUUGUUUCGAUUUUCAACCGGGUAGGAAAAGAUCUUAUCCGGAUAUGAUGGAUAAUUCUGCGGUACCUAAUACAGUCGGAGAUUACGAAGAAUCCACGUGUUAUAUGUACCAAGUGCCUUCGGACAAUGGGACACUGGUGCCACAAGUUAACAGUUAUCAUAUGAACGAAGAAUAUAUAUAUAUAUAUAUUUUUUUUUUCAAAGCAAACAAAGUCAGCACGGAAUGUCGAAAUCGUUUAUAUAUUUUUAAAAGGAUUCCCGGUUAUAGGUUUAAAUGUGAUAAACCUAAAGAGAUCUUCGCUGCAAAUCGUAUGGAAUGCGAAGAUAAAUGUCUUAAUGAAUACGAAUUCGUUUGUCGUUCGGCAACAUACGAUCGAGCAGCUCAAAGAUGCCGAAUUUGUAAAGAAACUAGGAGUAUGAGUCCCAUCGAUUUUACGGUGGAUUCUUUUUCCGAUUAUUUGGAAAAUAUGUGUCUUUCCAGUAAUCAGCGAUGUACUGCCGUAGCAUACGUUUUGGAAGCGGGUAGAGAAUUAGAUGGAGCUUUCGAAAGAGAACGAAUUAACGUUGUAGAUUUCGAAGAAUGCUCCAAAUAUUGUAUUCGAUAUAUAGAUGAACGAGGAAUGAUGUGUGAAUUAUUUUUUUAUGAUGAAUCCACGCGUACCUGCGUUAUAUAUGAUGAAGAUAAUUACGAUUCGACUGAUGGAGAAAGACAACGACCUCUAAAACCUAGCAAAGGAGAUCUUUAUCGUGUUAUUUGUGGAACUUCAGAUCGUGAUGCCUUGUUCAACAAUACAACUUUCCAAUGCCAUCGACGCAAGAGACUUGAUGGUUCCCAUCAAAUGGAUGUCAAAACAUACUCCUUUCAGGAAUGUUUAGACGAGUGUAUGAGAAGAUACAACAAAGAAUGUCGAUCGGUAGAAUAUAGCUCCAGGUAUCAAUCGUGUCGUUACAGCAGCUAUGACAGCUACGGAACUUCUAGACCUAAUUUAAUAGACGAUGAUCACUAUGAUUUCUACGAAUUUAAGUGGUACCGUGGAGGAGCGGGUGCUGGAGGUUCAGAUGGUAUAGGUUCUGGUGGAAUUAAUAAACAAAGCGGUUGGAAUAGUGGUUAUGAUGUUAAAAGUGGUUGGAUCGCAAGCGGUGGUGGUGUUGGAGGAGGAGGAGGAGGAGGACCAGUAGCACAAGGAUGGAGUGGACACGGAGGAAGUGGGUGGUCAGAUCAUCACGGAGGUGGAUGGAGCGGAGGAGGCCACGGAGGAGGUCAAGGAGGAUGGGGCAGUGGCAGUUCGUGGUCAAAUAAACAUAGUAGCGGUUGGAGUGGAGGAGCAUGGAACCCUGGUGGAGGUGGAAGUAGCGGUUGGGGUGGAGGUGGAGGUGGAGGUUGGAGUGGUGGCGGAGGCGGCGGAGGAGGCGGUGGAUGGGGAGGAAGUGGCUGGAGUGGGGGAGGAGGAGGCAGUGCAGCUGGUGGUGGAUGGUGGCCAGGAGGAAGUAGUUGGAAUUCGAAAGGAGACUAUUAUCCUCCCCGUGUAGGACCAUAUCCUCCACUUCCUCCCGGACCUCCAGAAAUGUGCAAACCAGGAGGUCCAGGAACUUUUAAACGCGUUGGUUAUGGAAUGAGACUUCGCAGUUAUUAUAUUAAAAGAGUCGUUAGAGCUGAAAAACUAGAAGACUGCGAAAGAGCGUGUGUCGAAGCACCUGAUUUCCUUUGCAAGUCAUUUAAUUUCAGAACAUUUUUCCCGGAUAAUUGUGAACUUAGUGAUAAAGAUACUAAUAAACAACUUCAACCAGGAAAUCCAUCGUUUUUCGAACAAAACACUCAGUUUGAUUAUUUUGAAAGAGAAGGUGGUGCUCCAGGAUUAGCACCAGGAUGUUUGGAUGUCGGUCAAACUUGCACCCCGGAUGGAAUGGAAUUUACUUUAAGAACGACCGAAGGAUUUUUUGGACGUAUUUAUACUUAUGGUUUUUACGAUUCGUGCUUUUUUGAUGGAAAUGGCGGAAAAGUAAAUGUUUUAAGAAUUAGUCGGGCAAAUGGAUUUCCAAGAUGUGGAACUCAACAGUACGGUGAUGUUAUGACUAACAUAGUAGUUGUACAGUUCAAUGAUUAUGUCCAAACAAGUCGUGAUAAAAAAUAUAAUCUUACUUGUUACUUUUCUGGUCCUGGUGAAGCCGUAGUCACUUCUAACUAUUUAGAUACAAGAACAGAUGGACGUUAUCCAGCACAAAUUGAGCACUUACCUGCACAAAAUAUAUUAACAUCUAAUGUUGUAUUACGUAUUUUAUACCGUGGCACUCCGACAAAUGUAAUUGCUGUCGGUGAUCUUUUGACUUUUAGACUGGAAGCUAGAGGUCAUUUUCAUUACGAUAUUCAUUCGGAUAUUUUUGCCAUUAAUGUUAUUGCUAAAGAUCCUUAUUCGGGAAGAAAAGUCCACUUAAUUGAUUCGAGAGGAUGUCCAGUUGAUUUAUAUGUUUUUCCCGAAUUGCAUCGUACACCGGAUGGAGCAUUACAAGCCGAGUUUUAUGCAUUUAAAAUACCAGAUUCAAAUUUGUUAGUAUUCCAGGCGACUGUUAGGACUUGCAGAGGACCAUGUGAACCAAUAUUAUGUAACGACCGAGCCAGACCGGGAUCUUUCCCUUCUUGGGGACGAAAGAAAAGAGCUAUAAAUGCGACUUUAGUUGCCAAACCUACUCCAUCCGAUAUUGAAAAUAAUUCGAGUAAACCUUCCGGUAAUGAAAAUUCUACGAUGGAAGAAGCUGAAGAAGUACACGAAUUAUUACAAGUAUAUCUAUCUAGAUCUGAUAUACCUGCCGAAGUAGCUCAAAAAACAAGGAAAUUGAAUAAUGUAUGUGUAGCACAGAAUGGUUAUUACGCUAUGAUGGCUGCAGUAGUAAUAUUAUUAGGUUUGGCAAUUACUGUUAGUAUCCUGGCAUUUAUAUUUUUCCGUAAAGCAAAAUUACUUGCAAAGGCUUCAGGAAAUAUCGGUUCUCUUCCAAAUGGAAAUUCAGCAUAUAUAUCUCAAUUUCAAUCCCCUAAAUUUGAAGAUCCAAGUGAACCUAUAUAUACUGAUCCAUCGCUAUUUGAAAGAUCUAGGAGUUUAAGAAGUUUGACUGUGACGGCGUUAGGAAAGGCUAAGGGAGAUUUCGAAUAAAAAAUAAACCAAACGAUUAGUAAUAUAUUGAAUAUCCAAAAUUAAAUUAGGAAUUAUUUUACGGCCAUUAAAUCUGUUAUAACCAGAUAUAGAAAGAAAUAAUAAUAAUAAAAUGGCCAUAUCCUAGAAAAUGUGAUGAUCCACUAAUUAUGUCAAUGCACUAUUUUGUACCAUCAAAAAUCGUCGCA